AUCUCAGUAAACACGGUAGGUAGCUCUUCCUGACCGUGCAAGAGGUGUAGUGCCCAAUGCUAUGGUAGGCAUGUAGCAGUUAGAAGUACUGAUAUUUUUGCUAUACGUAUAGCUUUUGGUGGCUUUGGCUCAAAAAGUUACAGGUCACAUGUACCUUGAUACUUUUUUCCAAAACCCCCUUGUACCUGAUCGCCUGAGCUGACGAGGACUUAAUCCCUUCUGCGCCGCGAGAUAAUCAUCCUCUUCGCCGCGCAACAUUAAGCUCCUGUUGAGGCAGCAUGGUUGUCGCACAAUGCUUUUCGCGCAAUCUCGUCAAACACCAUUCUUCCGAUCUUACAAGCAAGCAACCUUUCUCUGUCGCAGCCAAACGAGAUAAAUGGCUGGACAAACUGGGCUUAUGGGGAGGUUGGGGGACUCGGAAACCUCUCCAGCCCCGCGUUUUCCCAACGUCUGGUUUUGAACUCAUAGACGCAUCUAAAACCUUUCAAGAGGAAUGCCUCACUCACCAUGAUUUUUACCCCGUCCGUCUUGGAGAAGUAUUUCAGAACAGGUACCAGGUGGUUACUAAAAUUGGAUUUGGUUUCAGUGCCACCACUUGGUUGGGUCAUGACCUUCAGGAUCACACAUAUGUCUCUCUCAAGGUCCAUCGUAACAACGUUCAGGAAAAUCGUGAACUUGAGGUUUCCGAGCAUAUCAAGAAGCGAACCACACACCCCAGCUCGCAUCAUAUCCGUCCAGUCCAUGAGUUUUUCAGGAUCGAGGGGCAAUAUGGCGACCAUGACGUUAUUGUGCAAACACCUCUGACGAUAUCUGUGUUCGAUUUACAACGUUAUGCACUGCCUGGUAACGUUUUCACACCUCGACUUGCAAAAGAGGUCGUGAAGCGCGUGCUACUUUCACUAGACUUUCUUCACUCUGAGGCUCAUGUCAUCCACAGUGACAUCCAUCCCGAGAAUUUGCUUCUGGGCUGCAAAGGUCGGGAUGAUCGAGAUAGAUACUUUGCCUGGGUAGAGGAAGCCGAGCUCCGCAAUCCUGUAGCACGCAAGGUUAUGAAAGACAGGACUAUCUAUGCCUCCCGAGUUAUGAAUGGGCCAGUAGACGAAGUAUAUCUUUGUGAUUUUGGCCGGGCUCAUAUCGGAAGUGAGGGAUCAGGCACUCCUGGAAUAAUGCACUGUAGAGCUCCUGAGAUUAUACUCGACAUGCGAUGGAGCUACCCAAUAGAUUUGUGGAGUUUGGGGCUGUUGGCCUGGGCGAUGCUACAUGGCAAGAAGCUCUUCACACUUCACGAGCCGGAAGAAAAGAGGGUGAAAGACGCAAAACAUUUAGCUAAUAUGAUUGCAUUGCUCGGACCACCUCCGUUGGAUUUCCUCAAACGGAGUAAGACGUACCUUGAGUUCUGGGACAAGGAGGGGUGUUGGAGAGGGAUUGCACCAAUACCCCGGAAUAGAACCUUGGAGUGUCUUGGUCGGUCGGUAACGGGCGGGGAAGGGGCCAUGUUCUUGGAAUUCAUCAGGGCUUUGCUUUGCUGGGUCCCAGAGAAGCGUCUCACGGCAAAGCAGGCUUUGUCGCAUCCAUGGUUGACCGCCCCCUCCAGAUAGUCUAUUACGAGGGUGAAAGCAGGUGGCUUUCCGGCUAGCAACUUGGAAGACUACCUAGCUAAGAGGAGGCACAUUGUAUGGAUUCGAUUCCUAUUCAAUGGGUUCUCCCUUCUCCUUGAAAUGUUUCUAGCGGUAUUAUGUGGCAUUGACAUAUCUUUGGUUAACAGAAAAGAGAGAUAGAGGCGCAGUUGGGUAUAAGCUUAGCAAGGGCGGUCAAGGAGAGCAGAAUCGAUCGGGAAGGCUUUUACGUAAUAAUCUUAGUAGGUCGAUCAGUAGCUCCGUACCUGCCUGCUAUGUACCUCAAGUAGGUACCUCAAGUAGGU